AUGGACAAUUUUUAUUUGUAAAUGCACUAAUAAUCAAUAAAGUGGAAUAACUAAUCAAAAAGCACUUGUUCAUCAAAAGAAUAAAAUAGUUAAGAAUUUGAUUGGAAUGAUAUUGAAUAUCUAUAUUAAGAAUGCUAAUAAUAGGGUCAAGCAUCAAACGUUACCAAUAUUAUCAAAAGUAGCCAGAAUUCUGAAUUAAAUCUUAAAAUGGAUCAAUUAGUAAGAACUAAUAAUCAAAGUAGCCUAAGUGAAGUUAAUGAAAAUUAAGCCACUCUAGAAAUCAACGAAGACUAAAAAGAAAAAUGUAAUGAAAUACACCAUAAACCUAAUUUAAAAUGUAGUAAUUCAUCUUACUAAGGACAUAAAAAAUCAUUUUCAUAAGUUAUUUUAGAACAAGAAAAGUUUAAGAGAUAUCGUAAUAACAAAAGGAGUGCAAAAACGCUUUUAUUGAUUUCAUCUAAGAGAUCAUUAAUGACACCUUUAUUUAAAACAAACUUAUAGAGAAAUAUAAUAUAAUUAUCUAUUAAUUACUUAAACUCACGAUACUCCAAAACUCUAUUUGUCGAUAAGAACAUAUUAGCAUGUGAACUAAUAGUUCUUGCUAUAUAGGAAUACAAGAAAACUUCAGAAUUUGAUUAAAGUUUAUUAAAAUACUCAAACUUUACAUUAGCUUAUUAAUUGACAAGUGUUGAUGAUUAUUGUGAUUUUUCUGCUUAACCUUCAUAAAAAGAUAGUUUUAUUGAUAACUAAUUUAUUAAAUAAGAUGAAGAUCAAUAAUUUUAAUAUAUUAUUGAUAACGUUGAAAAUAAUAUAAAUAGAGAGUACUUUAAUUUGGAAUUAAAUUCUAAAGUGAAUUUUAGAAAUCUUACAUUAUAAAUAUCAGAUACAUCAACCUUUGGUAUUGAUUUAUUUACAAUUGAGAUAACUAAUAAAAUGUAUCCCACUUAAAUAAUUUUAUUAAUUGAGGAUACAAAAAAUGAAAUAUUUUACAAUUUAAAAUUCGAAGAAAACACAACCAUUUAAGAAAUAUAUAAUUAACUAUAAAGGAGAAGUAAUUUUUAAUAUAAUAAAAAUGAAUGUUUUUUCUAACUUAAAUAUCCUUGUGUUAAUUUUAAUAAUUAAGAACCAUUAGAUAUUAAAUUUCCUAUUUCUAUACUCCCAAUUCAUUGGUUAAUUAUUAAAUAUAAGUCUAAUUAAGAUAAUCUUAAUGAUCUCAAUCAUAAUUAUGGAUUUAGUACAUCUUCAAUUAAAUCAAUAACCUCAUCUAUAAUUCAGAAAGAUGAUUAAAUAGAUCAAAAAAUUCAAUAGAUGUUUAAUUAUUAAGAAUAUAAUUUAUUAAAAAUAGAAAACAAUGAAUAAAUGAGUGAAGUCAUUAUUGGAAUAGACUAUUUUGAUUUUUAUUAUUACUACACUAAAAAAAAAUAGUAAAACUAUUCUUUCUGUAAAAUCACAAAAUGGAUGGUUCAAUUUUUACUGUAAAAUCAUUAAUCUGGACAAACUAAAGAUUAUAAAAGAAUUCAAAUAUCUUCUAUUCUUUAAAUAGGACUGAAAAAUAAUGAAUUACUUAUAAUAAAAUAUCUUAAAGAUGAGGAUAAAAUUAAAAAGAUAAAAUUCAUGUUUCCAUAAAAAAAUUAAGAAGUUCAAAAGAUGAAAAUGAAAGAACAGUCAUAAGAUAUAUAGAGUAUUAUUGAUAAGUUAUAAUUUAUAAUUAAAGAGAGAAGGAAAAAUACUCACUUAUUAUGA